AUGGCUCUUGAAAAUCAACGCUCAAACGGCGCACGGUCCAUCACGGCCGACAUUGUCAUUGUCGGCGGUGGCUUUGGAGGCUGCAGCGCCCUUUAUUGGCUACGCAAAGCUGGAUACAACGUCAAGCUCAUCGAAGCUGGGACCGACUUUGGUGGAGUGUGGCACUUCAACAAGUAUCCCGGAGCGCGCGUGGACUCUGAAGUGCCCCUGUAUCAACUGAGCAAGCCUGCAGAAACGUGGCGUUCCUUCAACUUCACGGAACGCUUUCCUGGUCACGUCGAGCUCCGUGAUUACUUUGCCCAAAUGAGCAAUGCUCUGGACCUUCACAAAGAUGCCAUAUUUGAUUCUCGUGUUGUGGAGGCGAAAUUCGACGCUGCCUCAGAUUCUUGGACCAUGAGAACGGAUAAUGGCAUUCGUACCAUGUCAAGAUACGCCAUAUUUGCCACGGGAACUACCAACAAGCCGUAUAUUCCACAAUUUCCAGGAUUGGACGACUAUCAAGGAAGUAUUCUGCACCCCUGUCGAUGGCCAUCCGAUCUUGACCUUUGUGGAAAGAAGGUGGGCAUUGUCGGUCAGGGCGCUUCUGGUCUACAGAUUCUCCAAGAGCUGGCCAAGGAAGAUGUUGGAGCCGACCUGACUGUCUUUGUGAGAAACCCGCCAACGGCACUGCCUAUGGGCCAGCGAGCUAUUUCUGCUGCGGAGUCCGAAGAGAAGAAGAAUGCAUACGAGGUUCUCUUUUCACACGCCAAAACAACAGACGAGUCGGGCUACGCGUACGACCCCCCAACUCGAUCCUUUUAUCAAGAAACACCUGAGCAGCGCGAGCAGUUUUACAGCGACCUCUGGGCCCGAGGCAGCUACGCCAUCCUGACAUGCAACUACCCCGAGCACACCUAUGAUCAGGCCGCCAACGCAGAGCUUUACCAAUAUUGGGCCAAGGCUGCUCGUGCACGCAUGACAGAUCCGGUGAAGAAGGACAUAAUGGCCCCAUUGCAGCAGUUCCAGUGGAUUGGCACCAAGAGACCCAAUUUGGAGCUGGAUUACUAUGAGAUGAUUGAUCAGCAGAAUGUCAAGCUGGUGAGUCUCAAACAGGAAGUCAUCCAAGAAUUCACAACAACGGGAAUAACCACCAAGGUCAUCUCCGAUGAUGCUACUGUCGAGGGAGCUACACACUCUUACGACUUGGAUGUAGUAAUUAUGGCAACCGGCUACGACGGAGUCACGGGGAGUUUGUAUGAGAUGAACAUUGUUGGCAAAGACGGCGUGCGCCUGCAAGAGCGCUGGUCCUCGUCCAUCCAGACAUAUUUGGGCAUGGUAGCCCCUGGGCUGCCCAACAUGUUCAUGCUCUAUGGGCCGCAGGCACCCUCGGGGCUUGCCAACGGGCCACCUUUUCUUGAGCUGCAGGUCGACUGGGUUUUACGAUUCCUUGGAAAACUGAAGGAUGAGCAGGCCACUACAUUUGAGGUCAAGUCUGCCGCUGCCAAGGAAUACGUUCAGCGCAAUCUUGAUGUGUAUGGUCAAUCACUGGCUAAGGAUACACCUUCCUGGUGGAACGGUUCUAAUAUCCCGGGGAAAGUGAUAGAGCCAUUGUUUUGGACAUUGGGUCUUCAGGAAUGGCGAAAGGAGACUGAAAAGGCUUUGGAAGACUGGUCCCGUUUUGAUCUGAAUUAA